UUUUAAAGACGGGACUCAGCGGAUAACAUUGGAAGCACGGCCAGUCAGGAACAGCGGGAAAUGGGAUAACAGGGCUGCCUCCGAGUUCCGUCGACGGGGAAAACGAGAUGACAGUAAUUCUGAGCCGUCCGUUCCUCUCCUUGCCCGUUCAAAACCGACGAUUCAACAAAUCCCGACCGUCCGCUCCACCAAUCAUCUCAUGCUUCAAUCCCCGGCACUCCUUCAAGAGAGACUACACGAGCGUAAUGAUAGUCCCGACCGGGAUUGGAGCCGCCAUUGGCGGAUACGCCGGCGACGCCCUGCCCGUCGCCCGCACUCUCUCCUCCGUCGUCGAUUGUCUCAUCGCUCACCCCAACGUGCUGAAUGCGGCGAUGCUUUACUGGCCAAUGCCGAAUGCGUUGUACGUCGAAGGCUAUGCCCUUGACCGCUUUGCUGAAGGCCUAUGGGGUCUCAUGCCUGUUCACCAAAACAAGGUGGGUUUGGUUCUUGAUUGUGGCAUCGAGGAGGAGCUUCGUGUUCGCCAUUUGCAAGUGGCGGAUGCUGCGAGGGCUUCCCUUGGCUUGCCUGUUGUGGAAUAUGUUGUCACUGACACUCCAUUGCAGGUAGAGAAGUGGGUUGAUCCAAAAACCAGGCAAUCAACAGGGAGGAUUAAGCACCCUGAUUCACUAUUGAGGGCUGUGCAGGCUUUAGUUAAACACUCGCAAGUAAAUGCUGUUGCAGUUGUUGGACGCUUCCCGGACGAUGAUGAUGUUCAUGACACAGACGAUUAUCGACAAGGGAUGGGAAUUGAUCUAUUGGCAGGGGUUGAGGCAGUUAUAAGCCAUCUAGUGGUGAAGGAGUUCCAAAUUCCUUGUGCACACGCUCCUGCUUUAUCACCACUCCCCAUGACCCCAUCUCUAUGCCCAAAAUCAGCUGCUGAGGAGUUGGGGUACACAUUCUUGCCAUGUGUGCUUGCUGGGCUUAGUAAUGCACCACAGUACUUGGUAAAGAACUCUGAGUCGGAGAAUGGUUGCAUACUUGCUAGUGAUGUUGAUAGCGUCAUCCUUCCUAGAGAUGCUUUUGGAGGACAUGGCGCUAUUGCUUUUGCACGAAGCAAAAGAAACAAGCCACUUAUAAUUGCUGUGGAUGAAAAUGAAACAGUCCUUGAUGAUACACCAGAUAAAUUUGGGAUUGAAGCGGUCAAUGUCUCAAACUAUUGGGAAGCAAUCGGUGUCAUUGCAGCACACAAGGCUGGAGUAAAUCCGCAUUCUCUACGAAGAAAUAGGAUUAAGAAUCUUCAACAAACUUCUCUGUUGCCUGCCAAUGGUUACGCUGUUAAAAUGCCACAGUAAUCGGCUGAUUAAAUAGGUGGAACGGAUGCAGCUUGGUGACUUGUUGAAUCCGCUACUGACUUUUAACCAGGUGAAUCACCUGGUCACGAAUUAAGCGCCAUUCGACGUGGAUAGGCGGCACCGAAUACCAAUUCAUCAACCUAAAUGUUGAUGGAACGUGAAACUACAAGUCAAUGGUUGUCUUGUAUUUGUUUCGGUACGUUUUAGAUCUUGAUCAGAAGUAAAAUAAAUUGGUGGUGAUCAAAUUUUGUACUGAAUGAUGAUGCUAAUGCUGAUACACAUAAACAUACAUAGAUAUAUCUGUUUGUAGACAAAUAUACAUAUAAUUGAACGAUGACCAUAGAAUUUGUUGGUACUGUCC